ACUAUUAAAUUAUGUAGUUGAUCUUUCACAUAUAGCAACAGCAGUGUUAGAAUUGAUACAAUUUGACGAAUUUGAUCUUGGUGAGGUUGCAUUUUUAUUUGUUUUUACUCAAGUUUGAUCUAAAAAGUGUGAAAAUAAUUCUUACACUUUAUCGUUCUACGCUUCUUUAAUAGUUAUUAAGAAAUAAAAAAGAAGCAUAUUUGCAUGAGAGUAAUUCAGCACGUAUCAAACUGUAUGAGAAACUGCAACAUAUUGUUGACGGAUAAGAAAAGUCUCUUGUUCGAAAAACGCGACUGAUUGGAUGAAAGUUCUAUAGAAAUUCAGCAGUAAAUUAAGUUUUUCAAACUUGUUUUCUUUUUUAGAUUCUUGGUUGUUAUUGAGAAAUUUCAUGAAUUUAUUAAAAAAAAUGGCUCAGCCAUCACGAUCUGGUCGAUUUCCACUUUCGAAGGAAGAAAAGGAUUUAAUUGAAAAAUUGUACAUUCAGUUUGGAUCAAAAAGUACAACACGGAUUGUUGGUGAAAUGAUCAACAACCCACAAAUACCUACAAACAUUCAGCAAUUGUACCAAAAUUUUGGUCUUGAAAAAGGAACAAAACGUGUGUAUGAUUAUUUGGCACGCCAAUCAAAGAAGUAA